CGCUGCUGGGAGGCUGCCCGCACCCGGCACCACCCCCACCCCCUACACUCCGGCCUCUCCCCAGGCCCCAGCCUCUCCCCCGCACCCGGCACCACCCCCACCCGCUACACUCCGGCCUCUCCCCCGCUCCCAGGACCCGGCCCCCGGCACCGGCACCACCCCCACCCGCUCCACUCCGGCCUCGGGCCUCUCCCCCGCUCCAGCCCCCGGCCUCUCCCCAGGCCCCAGCCCCCGGCCCUCGGCCUCUCCCCCGCUCCCCGGCCUCUCCCCCGGCCCCAGCCCCCGGCCCCGAUGACGGGCCGCUCCCGGGGCCCGGCCUCCGGCGCCGCGGUGCUCCAGUUGAAAAGCGCCGGUAACGAGCUGUUCCGUCACGGCCAGUUCGGGCAGGCGGCGGAGCGGUACAGCCAGGCCAUCAGCCUCCUCACCCAGACAGGUUCGAAAUGCCCAGAGGAUUUGAGUGUGCUAUAUUCGAAUCGAGCUGCUUGUUAUCUGAAGAUUGGAAACUGCAGCGAAUGUAUAAAAGAUUGCACUGUAUCAUUAGAGUUUGUUCCCUUCAUGUUGAAGCCCCUCCUGCGCCGUGCUGCGGCCUAUGAGACACUGGAGCAAUACUCACGGGCGUAUGUAGACUACAACACUGCAGUGCAGGUGGACUGCAGUGUCCAAGCUGCUCAGGAUGGUAUGAACAGAAUGAGAAAAUAUUUGAUUGACAAGGAUGGUAGUAGCUGGCGUGAGAAACUCCCUCCAGUGCCAUCAGUGCCCCUCUCAGCUCAGCAGAGAUGGGGUCCCAGCGCCCCUAGGAAUACAGGAGAGGAAACAUGCAUGCCACAGAAUGCAGGAGACACAGGUUCCAAUAAAUCUCAGCAGGCCAAGUCUCUCAAGGAAGAAGGGAAUGUGUUGGUGAGAAAAGGAGAGCACCGGAAAGCAGUGGAUAAAUACAGUGCGAGUCUGAAGCUGGAUAACAAGGAGUGUACUACCUACACCAACAGAGCCCUGUGUCACCUGCAGCUGAAACAAUAUCCUGAAGCGGUGCAGGACUGUACAGCGGCAUUGGCUCUGGAUCCCAACAACGUGAAGGCAUUCUACCGACGGGCUGUAGCUCGCAAAGAGCUGAAGGAUUACACUGGCAGUGUUACUGAUCUUCAGGAGAUGCUGAAACGGGACCCCACCAACUCUUCUGGUCAACGCCUCUUGCAGGAAGUCCAGAUGUUACUUAAAUAAAACCUUAUCCUCAUGAGCACUUCAGACUCAAACAUCUGAAACCAGAUCUCAAUAUAUCUGCAUGUGAGGGGGGCGCUUGGGCAGGUUUCUAACCCCUCUCAUUUUGCAUUUUUCUUGCUUUUCAAGGGCUUUACUGGUCAUUCGUCUUGACACCAAAGAGCACUGUGUGAAAAUAUUUGAAUUAAACUGUCCAUGCUCAAUUUAUGUUUGAUUCCUACACACAGCAUCAAUUCCUGCACUGCACCAUCCUUCUUUAGUUAUUGACUUAUCAACAGGAUCCUCUGCCUCAAUUAAUCUCUGCAGAUUGCAUAAUUCCAGUUUAAAAUAUACACAGUACAAUAAUCAUCUUGCUGUGGAGGAAUUUGAUGUGUGUUGAGAUAUUUUUGGGGUAGUCCAUUUUAUGGUAGCUGUGUUUGCAAGCUUGCACUUUUAAUCUUUUCAGUCACAUCAUUGUUGAUUUUGACACAGAACGAAGCAAUGUUGCAUCUGACCCCAAUUAUGUCCUCGUGUCUCCCAUAACCCCACACUCUCCAUUUCAGAUGAGGUUAAGUAACCUGAAUACUACCUUUUGAGUUUUAUUAACUUGAUACCAAGCACUGAAACCUCUGUCUGUGUUUAAAGGAUCCUUUUGUGGGGUUACUGUUAUGGGUAGGAUCUGAGCUAAUGGGGGUAGGCAAGAGUGCAGGGGAUAGACAGACCAGGCUGAGGACGGUCUCUUAACUUGAUUCAAGGCUGUUCACUUGGUUUUGCAGUACUACUUCCUCCUCCUCUUGAAAAACCCCUUCAACUCGAUGCUUUGCAUGGUUGCUGCCAACGCUCUUGACUUGACUCUGCACUGAGACACUUCCUAAUCAAGAAACAAUACUUAGAAAUUAAAUCAAGCAUGCAUACUUAAAAAUAUCAGCAACUUUGCUUAAGUGUAGAAAGAGGAGAUCAUUGUUCCCUAAUUUUGAGAAUAUGACUGAACUUAACUAUCCACCUUUACCCUAUAUUCCUUCAUGCUUUUAGAUUGCAAUUAAAUAUAAAAAUCAAUAAUAGCCAACAUCAACCACUGUUCAUAGAUGAGUUCCAAACUUCUGUCAUUCCUUUGCCCGUGAGGGUGGUUUCUGACAGUCUCUAAUUUUUAAAAUCAGAAACCCAACUGUAGGUGCCAUGGAGAACUAGGAAACACUAACAUUACUGUCCACAAGUUCUGAGAAUGUGGGAAUUCCUGAGAAACUUAACUGGUUUAACUUUAUUCCAUACUAUUAAAACUGUAUAAAACCAGAAUUAAGUCACUUUAUUUUGAAUGGUCAGAGACACGCUAGCCCAUACUUAGAUGGCUGUAAUAACAAUAGAUUCAUGAAUGAUACUUAAAGGACAAAAGUUCCCCAAAGACCCAACAACUAUUAUACAUUCAAGCAAGUACAUGACUGCAUACAGUUCUACUGCUACUGAACAAAUUUGGAGUAAACUGGUUAAAAAAAUCCAUGACAGAAACAAAUUGCUGGAAAAGCUCAGCAGGUCUGGCAGCAUCUGAAGAUGAAUCAGAGUUAAUGUUUCAAGUCUGCUGACUGGACCUGAACUAUUAACUUGAUUUCUGUUCACAUGCUGCCAGACCCGCUGAGCUUUUCCAGCAACUUGUUUUUGUUUGUUACAGAAAUAUUUGUAAAGCAGUUGUUCAUGUUGCUCUGCAUUGCUGCAACUGUGGUAGUUUUGAAUGGGAGGAAUCAGUAAUUGCAGCUUUGUUUACUUCUGUUGUCAAAGUUCCAACAACUAACAAGUUGUGGGGAAACCAGACUUUUCCGUGAGCAAUAUUUCAGUUUGUUUGUGUGUAUUGCCACCAGUGAACAGGAUACAGAACAUGAAGCAGCAUCCAUUGAGGUAACAUGACAAGUUAACAUCUGUGUAUCUGUCCUACAGUAGUCUUUCAUUGUUUGCUGAAUUGUAAGACAUUUUUCAAAUCUUUUGCAAGAGCAAAGAUGUUUUGAUCAUUCAUCUCUAGUCUUUGACCAGUUCCUUCAUAAAUGUAAUAUCGAGACUUGUAACCAAUGUCUGUUUGUCUCAUGCUAUGUACUACUGGUUUAGUUUGAAUGUUGUAUUGCACUGCAAAAUAUUUGGACUCAGGUAUUAAAUGUUAAUGAUUAAGGCA